AUGAGAGUUGAAUACCUCAACGGAAAUUCAUACGUUGCAACCUCCUGUAAUUCUCUAACCGGUGGACAAUCGUGUACAAUCUCUGGUAUUCCAACCGGUUUAAGAACCAACAUCAAAGCGACAUUGAACGGAGAAUCUCCAUUUGGUGGAGCGAAUUCCGGUACUUCCGCUUAUAUCCAAAUGCCAUCCGCUGAUACUAUGAACUCGGUAACAGUGACUGCUAGAACUACAAAGACUAUCACUGUUAGCUACAAGUCGAAUCAAGGUGUCAAUGGAGUUACAUCUUUUGUUGUUAAAUCGAAUAAUGUUCAAGUUGGAGGAUGUUCUUUUACAUCUUGUACCAUUACCGGUUUGACUCCAGGCCAAACAGUCUCGAUUGCCGUUAAUGCCGUAAACUAUGGUGUAAGCUCUGCUGCUAUGACUACCAGUGGAACUACCUAUACCGCAGUUACCACUCCAUCUCUUUCCUCUACAAACACACCAAACUCUAUUGUUGCAACUUUCUCUGCUACUGGCGGUGUACCAUCGCCAGCCACCACCUACCAAGUUCUCUUGAAUGGUGCCGUUCAAUCCUGCACUGCCUCUCCAUGUACUCUCAGUGGAUUGACUACUCUUGCAACCUAUACACUCCAGGUCAAAGCAACCAACGAUGGUACAACCACUCAAUCUGGCGUUUUAUCGAUUAAACUAUGGGAUCUGAUGAAAACACCGACACUCUCUGCUAACAUGUUUACGAAUCGUGCCGUUCUGUCAUUCUCUGCUGCCGGUGGUAAUCCAGCGUUGACAAGAUACACCAUCCAAUCAAAUGGUGUUGAUGUUGCCAAUUGCAAAGGUAUCGCCACAACAACAUGCACUGUUUCGUCUCUGACACCUGGUACUUCUUACAAGUUUGUUGUGACUGCAGUCAAUGCACCAACCACCCUCAGUAGCACAGUUACACAAUCUACCUAUUCAGAGAUCACACUCCCAACGUUGACAGCAACAACAAUCACAACCAAAUCAAUGAUUGUUAGUUUCUCAACAACUCAAGGUGUUCCAAGUUCAACUCUUUACACAAUCAUUAAUAAUGGUGUAAAUGUUCCAGGAUGUGUUGGUAUCUCCACUACUACUUGCGCAAUCAAUACCUUGACCCAAGCCACUGGCUAUAAUAUCCAAGUAGAUGCAGUAAACGAUGGAAAGAAACAAAGUACAUCAAAGACAUUCACAACUUUAGCUGAAGUCACAACACCAACUGUCACAAUCAAACAAUCAGCACUCACACUAACAAUCACUUAUUCAACACAAAAUGGAUAUCAAACAUCUGUUUAUGAUGUUGUUGUCAAUGGUGCAACUAUUUGUGCAGCAACAACCGCUUUACAAUGUACAUUCAAUUCGGUUGUUCUCGGAACCAAAUAUGAUGUUCAAGUAAAGGUUACCAAUGAUGGUCUAACUAAAAUCGGUACCUCUUCAUACCAAACCUACUCAGAUUCCAUUCAAAAGUUACAAAUUGUUAGUUAUACAACCAGCUCAGUGACAUUCAGUUACUCAUCGACCUAUGGAGUUCAAGGAGUCACAACAUUUGCCUUUACGAUCAAUGGUGCUGCAGCCACUUGUAAUGACUUUGCACAAUGCACAGUCUCUGGAUUCACACCAUCGAAUCCAGGUGUUCAAUUGACAAUCGUUGGAAAAUCGAUCAACUAUGGAAAUUCAUCACCAACCAAAACCAUCACUCAACAACUCUACCCAGUUGUCAGUGUUCCAACCUUUACAUUAACCAACACCCCAGUUUCCAUUACCGUUACAUUCUCUUCGAUUAAUGGUGUGCCAUCACCAGCCACCUCCUAUCAAGUUCUAUUGAAUAGUGCUGUUCAAACUUGUACCACCUCUCCAUGUACUCUCAGUGGAUUGACAACACUCUCAACCUAUUCCGUUCAAGUCAAAGCAACCAACGAUGGAACUACCACUUUGUCAACAGUCCAAUCCGUUAAACUAUGGGAUUUGAUGUCUACACCAACUAUCUCUGCCAACAUGUUCACCAAUCGUGCUGUUCUAUCAUUCUCUGCAACAGGUGGUAAUCCAGCUUUGACAAGCUAUACCAUCCAAUCAAAUGGUGUUGACGUUGCCAAUUGCAAAGGUAUCGCCACAACAACAUGCACUGUUUCAUCUCUGACACCUGGUACUUCCUACAGGUUUACGGUAAUUGCAGUCAAUUCAGUCACAACUCUGAGCAAUACAGUUACACAAUCUACAUAUCCAGAGAUCACACUCCCAACUUUGACAGCAACAACAAUCACAACCAAAUCAAUGAUUGUUAGUUUCUCAACAACUCAAGGUGUUCCAAGUUCAACUCUUUACACAGUUUCCAACAAAGGUGUAAAUGUUCCAGGAUGUGUUGGUAUCUCCACUACUACUUGCACAAUCAAUACCUUGACCCAAGCCACUGAUUAUGUUAUCCAAGUAGAUGCAGUAAACGAUGGAAAGAAACAAAGUACAUCAAAGACAUUCACAACGUUAGCUGAAGUCACAACACCAACUGUCACAAUCAAACAAUCAGCACUCACACUAACAAUCACUUAUUCAACACAAAAUGGAUAUCAAACAUCUGUUUAUGAUGUUGUUGUCAAUGGUGCAACUAUUUGUGCAGCAACAACCGCUCUACAAUGUACAUUCAAUUCAGUUGUUCUCGGAACCAAAUAUGAUGUCCAGGUUAAGGUUACCAAUGAUGGUUUAUCGAAAACAGGUGUUUCUUCAUACCAAACCUUUGCAGAUACAAUGAAGACAUUGCAAAUUAUUAGUUAUACAACCAGCUCAGUGACAUUCAGUUACUCAUCGACCUAUGGAGUUCAAGGAGUCACAACAUUUGCCUUUACAAUCAAUGGUGCUGCAGCCACUUGUAAUGACUUUGCACAAUGCACAGUCUCUGGAUUCACACCAUCGAAUCCAGGUGUUCAAUUGACAAUCGUUGGAAAAUCGAUCAAUUAUGGAAAUUCAUCACCAACCAAAACCAUCACUCAACAACUCUACCCAGUUGUCAGUGUUCCAACCUUUACAUUAUCCAAUACACCCGUUUCAAUUUCAAUUUCGUUCGCAUCAACUGGAGGUGUGCCAUCACCAGCCACAACCUAUCAAGUUCUUUUGAAUGAUGUUUCUCAAACUUGUACCACCUCUCCAUGUACUCUCAGUGGAUUGACAACACUCUCAACCUAUUCCGUUCAAGUCAAAGCUAUCAACGAUGGAACUACAACUUCAUCCUUGAUCCAAACCGUUAAGCUUUGGGAUUUAUUGACUGCACCAACACUCUCAGUGGCAAUGUUGACCAAAUCCUCCAGUUUAACUUUUUCGGCCAAGGGUGGAAAUCCAGCGCUCACCCUCUAUUCUAUCAGCGUCAAUAAUGUUCCAUAUGCACCAUGUCAAUCGAUUGCCUCCACCACAUGUAAUGUUGCAUCCCUAACACCAAGUACAUCCUAUACCUUUGCUGUUUUCGCUACCAACGCAGGACUUAACCUUUCGAAAUCCAUUGUUGCACCAACAUACUCACAAAUCUCUGAAGGUAUUUUCAGUUCGUCACUCGUUACCACCAAAUUGAUUUCACUAAACUUCACAGUGAAUGGAGGUGUUCCCAGUGCAACUAAAUAUACUGUAAACAACAAUGGUGUCGAUGUAAUCGGUUGUAUUGAUAUCUCCUCCAACACAUGUACUCUGAGUGGUCUGACUCAUACCACCAACUACAAUAUCCAAGUGACUGCAGUCAAUGAUGGUAAAUCACUUUCAUUCUCAAAGAAACUUACCACCUACACCAAGGUUAGCAAUCCAACAUUAACUUUGAUUGGAAAACCAACUUCAAUCUUCACCAGAUAUUCAUCAACUUUUGGAGUACCAUCUCCAUCAACCAUUUAUCACGUUCUCCUGGAUGGUGUAGUUUAUUCGCAAUGUACUGGAACUGCCACUACAUGUACCAUCACUGGAUUGACAACCUUGUCAGAAUACUCUGUUCAAGUCACAGCAACCAACGAUGGUGAUAUCACCCAAUCGCCAGUUCAAAAUGUUACACUCUGGGAUUUGAUGAGUGAACCAAUUCUCACAGCAACUGCACUGACAAAAUCAAUUCAUCUCAACUACGAAGCACCAGGAGGUGAUCCCCUUCAAACUUCAUUCGUUGUCAUUAUGAACUCGACCACCAUCAAUCAAGCUGGAAAUAGUGUUUGUCAAGAAUCUAAACCCGAUGCCAAUGGAGAGUGUUUCCUUACCGAUCUUUUACCGGGAACAACCUAUUCUUUCAUUGUCACAUCCAACAAUGUUGAUAGACAUCUUAGCUCCGAGUUGAUUGUCGAAACCUAUGCAGAGUUAUCGAAUCUCCUGCUUGAUUUGGUAUACAUUACAACCAAAGAGAUCUCAUUGAAAUAUUCAGUUGAAAAUGGUAUUCCAGAGUUGACCUAUUUCAAUGUUUCUCUAAAUGGACAACCGACAUCUUGUAUCAAAACUCAAGAGACAAGUUGUGUAAUUAGUGAUUUGGUUCCAGGAAGUUCUCAGGAAAUUUCAAUUAUUGCAGUUAGCGACCAAACACAAUUGACAUUAUCCAGAAGCUAUCAGACAUACUCUGAAAUCAGCAAUCCAUCGAUCCAAAUUUCACAGACCUCAACUGAGAAUUUCGAUAUCACAUAUUCAACAGUCAAUGGUGUUCCAAGUUCAACAACCUACGAUGUAUUAGUGAAUGAAGCAGUCAUUUGUCCAAACACAACUCAGCUAUCAUGUAUUUAUGAUGAUUUGGAGCUUGGAUCGUUAUAUCAAGUCAAGGUGAUUGCAUACAAUGAUGAUAUGUCAAAGAUGGAAAUCGGUUCCAUUCAAACCUAUUCCGAACCAACCGGUUUAAAUCUUAGUGCAGAUGCAUCGGUUUCAUCGAUAUAUGUUUCAUGGAAUGCAUCAGAGAAUGGUCAACCUAAUGAAACUACCUAUUCAACCAUUAUCUCUUACAACUCACAAAACUGGACAACCAUUUGUUCGAAAUCCAAACAACUCUAUUGUGAUAUCACCAAAUUGGCACCGAAAACAAGAUAUAUUAUUAAAGUAAUUGUUUACAACUCUUAUUACCAACCGGUUGAACAAUCUGUUUCCAUUUCAACCAUCAGCGCUCUUGACGAUUCAUCGUGUAAAAAGAAUGAAACAGCUCCAGUUUGUUCAGAGAAUGGUGAAUGCCUCGAGGGAGUAUGCCAAUGUAAAGAAGGAUGGAGUGGUAUUUAUUGUCAGAUCGACGGCAAAGAUAAUCACAACGGAAACGAUACAAUCACACCAAAUCCACAGAUUCCAGAGAUCGAAGUCGAGAACAAUGGAAUCAGCUACAAGUUUGAAGUAUUCUCAAUCACUGAGAUCACUGAUACCGGUGACCAAGUUAAAUAUUUCAAUGUCUCCGAAGCGAAAUGGAUGUUGGAAUCAUCUUCCAAUCAAAAUAUUAGUCACGCGAUCACAGGCGAGAUCAUAGCGCUCAAACAGUGGAGUUACUCUGCCAACUCUACAUCUCUCAAAUAUGCCGAGUCAAUGGAGAUUUCAUUCAUUCAAUACCAAGCACCAAAGAAUUCCGCACUGCUAGCCAAAACGAUUCCAGUCAGCUUUGCAGGAAAGGAUUUCCAAAUCAACAUUGGAUCUCACAAGUUUACUAUGAGAGUCGAAAAAUGGCCAUUCCAAUCGAGAUUGAACAACCUCGUUUUCUCAAUGAGAGUUACCAAUCCCGUUGGUGUUAAGGAUCAAUGUGGAAACUUGAAGGCACCGUCUUCCAAUGACACUAUUGUAUUGUCGACCUCCGAAGUCACCUCAUUCAAUAUUGGUGAUGGAAACGGUAACUAUAUUGUCGGUUCAAUGUUGAAUACACUCAUUGUCGAUACCAUACCGAUGGUAGCUGUUCAUACAUACAUCCAAAGAGAAGGACAUGUUGAAAUCGACACUGUCGUACCGCAAUUCGAAGAGUUUGCAAUGGUUGACCCUGAUUUCGGUUUAAUCCUUGCACCAAAUGCCCAAACCGACAAUAGAAAUACUUGUAACCCAACAACAAAGAAAGAUGAUAAUUGGCGAGUCAUUGUUGGUAGUGUUGUUGGUGGUACUGUCGGUGUUGCUCUUGUAGCUGGAUCUGCACUCCUCAUCAGAAAGAGAAGAAUUGCUGACAAAUACAACAAAAAAGUUGAACGAUCAACUCAAAAAGCAUAA